AUGGGUCUCGUGCGACUCGCGUGGUGGGUGAGUCGCGCGAAACUGCCCCUAUUGAGAAAUGAGGAAAUCAGGAAAGCGGACGGGUGCGAGAGGGAGGACGGCGCACGUGACCGUGUCGUAUGCGGUGACGUGGUGUUUCGGCGGCAAAGCGGCGGUUCGCCGCGGCAGCAACAGCGGCUCUAUGGCGGACGCAGGGCGGAGCUGUGCACCGCUCUCUCUGUGCACCGCUCUCUCUGUGCCCAGGCCGUCUGUCGCCCUGCCCUGCGACCUGCGACCUGCUCCCGAUGCGCUAGCGGCGCCUCCCACUCGUCGUUAAUACGACGCAACCAUAGCGGUCUGUCGCGCCCGCGCUCUCGCCCGCUUCCCACCCGCUCUUCCCCGACUCCCCCGACUCCCCCGACUCCCGCCCGCUCUCCUCCCCACAGCACUCUGCUCUCCCGGACCCUGUCCGAGACCGACGCCACCAACCCCGACCCACUCGCCCCGGCCCAUAGCGCUCCGGCUCGGCCCGCUCCGCCCCGGCUCGCCCCGGUUCACCCCACUCGGCCCACUCGCUCGCCCGCCCACUCGCCUCGGCAGAUCUGUGCCGGCCCUCGACGAACGGGCAAGACACAGCGGCGUGCCCCAGACGACGCGGUGCACAUUGCUCCCAGGCAACCAUGCUGCGUGCCUAGCAUCGAGGCUGCCUCUGUUGCAUGGUGCAUGCCGCGUCUCGGGCGCCCACUGCGCCUCUUUGCCAAUGCACGCUGCACAAAAAACCGUGCGUGCGCCUGCCUCCGUGCCUCCGGACGUUUUGUGCAGCGCCAAUUGCGGACGGGGCUAGGCCCACACAAUGCCGCCGGUGCCUGCGGGCGGCACGGCGUACGAUCUGGGCGCUUUGGCCUAACUGAGUUAAACGCAAAACGAGGGCCCGUGGACCGCGUGCGGUUCACGGGUCCGUCGGGAGCGUUCUUGAAGAGUACGGAAGAUCCUCAAAGAGGCGCCUUUAGCGGAGUUCGCACGUAUCCCGCCCCGGAUUCCUCGGGCUCACGCUCGAGACCACCAAUCCCUUUCUUUGCAAGGUCUCCGGCGCUACAAUGGGCUGCGUUUCUGGACGCCAGCGGAAGUAUCUGGCAAACGGUCAGCGCCCGGCGGGCGCCCGCCGCGGCGCUGCAGCGGCGUCUGGGCGCGCCCAGAAAGCGCCGCGUGGCGGGCGCCGUGCGUGGUGUUGUCGGCCGCAAGCAAACAGCAAUUUUGAGGUGCGGGCGGUUCUGA